AUGCAAUCCAUCCGUGCCAUUCCUGAGACGCUGCUCGACCGUAACGCAUCGUGGUCACAGGAAUUUGUUACGCAGCAACCUGAGCUGGCAGAGGCCCUGCGCGGCGUCUUUUGGAUCGGAUGCAGCGACUCUCGUGUGCCCGAAAGUGUGGUAUGCAAUGCUAGGCCCGGCGAGCUCUUUGUGUUGCGCAACAUCGCCAACCAGUUCCAUACCUACGACGACAGUGCUGUAAGCGCACUCACAUUUGCCGUGCAGGCUCUCGGCGUGGAGCACGUCAUUGUGGUGGGACACACGAGCUGCGGUGGCGUAGCCGCGGCUGUCAAGCAGGUGCUCCAUGAGCAAGAGGACGAUUUUGAGCCGCUUCCAGCAUCGGCCUUGACCAGGCACCUGACACCACUAACGGAGCUCGCACGCUACCUGCGCGCGCGCGUGCGUGAGCGCCACACGAUCCCUGGCGCAGAGAUGCAGGAGCGCCUGGUUCCCAUCUUGACCGAGGCCAGUGUGCGGAAGCAAAUCCAGAACAUUAUCGACCACCCUGUGAUCCAAGAUAACUGGAGAGGCAAGGUGUCGCCGCUGAACGGCAAAGUCAACCCCCGCGUGAAGAUCCACGGUUGGAUCCACAACAUCCAGUCGGGUCGCCUGCUCGACCUGAACAUCACCGUAAACCCCCCGCCUCUUCCGGACACUGUAAAUUAG